GCCCGCGGCUGGAGUUACAGCACGGCCGGCCGAGGGGUCCUCGGCACACGCGCGGAUUCGCUCACCGGCUUCCCCUCCGGCCGCGUUUGUCCUGGAUUAUGGAAGAUGAUGAAUUCUCCUCACCCAGUUUACUUGAUUCCUCUGACCGUGAUACCAGAAAAGAUUUCUUCAACAUUGCCUGUGACAAAUCCAGCUGAGGCUGAAGCGUCUGGAAACUGCUGCCCCAUCGGUACCAACCACAACAAUGAGAAGUCAUUUAAGAUAUUACAGAAGGCGUUGAUGCAAGUUCUGCCAGAGAAUUACAGAUGUUUAAAUGUGACAUCAUAUAGCAAAAUGGCUCAGACUUCGUUGAUCUUUAUGUGAUAUACUUGUCAAGCUUUCCUGAGUAGCUUACAGUCUUCAAAGAUGGAAUCAAUGAAGCUAAAGCAUGAUAUUAAUCCAUUCCUUCUUCAUAUUAUAAACUUUGUUAUCUUGGUGUACACGUGUAUAACUUUUAUUCCUUGGUAUUUAUUUUCUGGAUCAAGACAUGCCAUAGCCAAGUCAAAGCAAAUUAAAGCUAAGCCUGUGAAUAGCAGGCCAGGUAGUGCAUAUCGAUCUGUGAACAGUUUGCAUUGCUUAGCAUCUGUAUUGUAUCCUGGAUGUGAUACACUUGACAAAGCUUUUAAAUAUGCUAGAAGUAAAUUUAAGGACAGAGAACUCCUGGGAACACGGGAAAUCCUAAAGGAGGAAGAUGAAAUCCAGCCAUCUGGAAAAGUUUUUAAAAAGGUCAUCCUUGGAAACUAUCACUGGCUCUCCUAUGAUGAAGCUUUCAGCAAAGCUAAAAAAUUUGGGGAUGGAUUGCUAGUGUUGGGCCAGCAACCAAGGACCAACAUUGCCAUCUUCUGUGAAACUAGAGCGGAAUGGAUGAUCACUGCUCAAGCUUGCUUUAUGAACAACUUCCAACUUGUUACACUUUAUGCCACUCUAGGAGGCCCUGCAAUAGUACAUGGAUUAAAUGAAACCGAGGUGACAACCAUUAUUACUAGCAAAGAAUUGAUGCAGACGAGAUUGAAGAGUAUUGCUAAUCAGGUUCCUCUACUGCGUCAUAUUAUUACUGUGGAUGGCAAACCAACAACAUGGGCAGAAUUCCCCAAAGGUGUAAUUGUUCACACUAUGACGUCUGUUGAAGCUAUGGGGGAGAAAGUAGAUAACAUGUUAGGCAACAAACAGAGGUUGAAACCAAUGCCCUCAGACACUGCCGUAAUCAUGUAUACUAGCGGUUCUACAGGAGUUCCAAAAGGAGUUAUGAUCUCUCAUUGUAAUCUUAUUUCUGGGAUAACGGGGAUGGCUGAAAGGAUUCCUAAUCUGGGAGAGAAAGAUGUUUACAUUGGCUACUUGCCUCUCGCUCAUGUUCUGGAGUUAAGUGCAGAACUUGUCUGUUUGGCCCAUGGAUGCCGUAUUGGCUACUCAUCACCUCAGACUCUAAGUGAUCAGUCCUCAAAAAUAAAGAAAGGAAGUAAAGGGGAUGUUUCUGCACUGAAGCCAACCCUAAUGGCAGCUGUGCCGGAAAUCAUGGAUCGAAUCUACAAAAAUGUCAUGAGUCGAGUUAAUGAAAUGUCCAGUUUCCAACGUAAUCUGUUUAUAUUAGCUUAUAAUUACAAAAUGGAUCAGCUUUCAAAAGGCUGUAGUACUCCACUGUGUGACAGCUUUGUUUUCCGGAAAGUCCGGAUGCUCCUUGGUGGAAAGAUUCGGGUCUUGUUGUGUGGAGGGGCUCCGCUUUCUGCAGCCACUCAGCGAUUUAUGAACAUCUGUUUUUGUUGCCCUGUGGGACAGGGCUAUGGCCUAACAGAAUCUUCUGGGGCUGGAACGAUAACCGAAGUUUGGGACUACACAACAGGCAGAGUGGGGGCACCAUUGGUUUGCUGUGAAAUCAAAUUAGAGAACUGGAAAGAAGGUGGAUAUUUCAACACAGAUAAACCAUAUCCUAGAGGUGAGAUUGUUAUUGGAGGUCAAAACAUAACUAUGGGCUACUACAAAAAUGAAGAAAGAACACAGCAUGAUUUCAGGAUAGAUGACAAUGGACAGAGGUGGCUCUGCACCGGAGACAUUGGGGAAUUUCAUUCGGACGGGUGUCUGAAAAUUAUUGAUCGCAAAAAAGAUCUUGUAAAACUUCAAGCAGGAGAAUAUGUUUCUCUUGGUAAAGUUGAAGCAGCUUUGAAGAAUCUUCCACUGGUAGAUAAUAUUUGUGUAUAUGCAAGCAGUUUCCAGUCUUAUGUCAUUGGAUUUAUUGUGCCAAACCAUAAAGAACUUAAAGAGUUAGCACGAAAGAAAGGAUUUAAAGGCAACAUGGAAGAGAUAUGUAACAGUGCUGAAAUGGAGAAGGAAGUACAGAAGCUUUUAGCUGAGGCUGCUCGGACAGCUAAUCUGGAGAAAUUUGAAGUCCCACUCAAAAUUCGGAUGAGCCCUGAACCUUGGACCCCAGAAACAGGCUUGGUGACAGAUGCCUUCAAACUAAAACGUAAAGAGCUUACUGCACACUACCAGGAAGAUAUUAAUCGAAUGUAUGGAACAAAACUCAAAUAAUGCUCCUUUCCCCCCCUCCUUUUUCUUUUUUGCACCACUUUGCUAUGGUGAGCUCAGAUCAAAUAGGAAAUACUUGAAUCACAUGUCUCAUCACUUGGGACCAACAUAAAAACACCUUUACUCACUUUCAGCUUAUGCUGUUACUUCUGAUAAUAUCAACAUCUUUAACUGGCAGGAUUAGUAAACUGUUAAAGGCAGCAAACCUGUGUCUGUCUCCAUUAUUUUUUUCUUCCAAUUUCUUCUGCUACCUUGUCAGUGUGUGGAUUUUCCUAAAAGUCCUUUUGGGCGAACAUGAUUUUGAAGCCUCAAGUUUUUAAACCUGAUUUAUAAAUUCUGUACAAUGUUCUGUUUGUAACUUUUUGAAGUUUGGCUAUUUAGAGGGAAAACUUGGCUAUAAAAGAAAUUAUUAGUUUGGGGGGGGGCAUUUUCUACAUAACUAUUUAAAUAUUAAAGAGGUAUCAAUGUGAAAUUAUGUACAAUGAAAUGACUUAUAGGUGAAAAUCAUUGUUGGCCAGAAGACCAGAUUAUUUGUUGCUGUGCAAUUGUUUUGUAUAAAAUUGCAAGAGAAAUAGUCUGACAUUCUGACUCUAUAAAAUAACAGUUGAAGUACGUGCCUGACAAUUUUCUCCUACAUAUAUAUUUUAUUUUUAUCUGAAAAAAGGAAAAAUGGUCAUGGCAAAGCACUGUAUAUAUGUGAGCAUACCUGCAAAACAGGCUGUAUUGAGGCUUUAGUCAUGCAAAGUAUGCUCCAACACCUAUGAAUCUGCCUAACAGAGGUAGUUCACUUUUGAAAAUGUAUUGAGGCCAUUUUAUAAAGAAAUUGAAUUGUUAAAACUAGUGAGAACUCAGUUUUAAAUGAAUUGCAUUCUGAUUGGCAAUGUCCUUUUUCUAAAAUAGGACUUUUAUUUGUGUUGAUUUUAUCUGCUUUACCAUACAGGCGCUGUGUGUGUGUGUGUGUGUGUGUGUGUGUGUGUGUGUGUGUGUAAAUCAACAGUUACAGUCCAGUUCAAGCCUAGCUGAAGCCCAAAUAUUUUAAGAACACAAUCUGUUAUGAUUUUUCCAUGCACAAGCCCAACCAAAUGGAUUUUGGAUAUCUCUUAUGAGGGAUAAGGGGCGGGAGUCUAGUACAUGAUAAAUUUGUGGUGCACUUGGAAGACGUUGUUACGAAUGAUGAUGAAAUGUCUUCUUUAAUUACCCACAUGUUGGAAUCUUGUUUGUGAGCACAGUUACUCGAACAUAAAACUCAGUUUUUGUUGUUUUUGUUUUAUAAAACAUCAUUUCAGGUUGUGCUUGAGGUCAUAACCUGAAUCACAUUUGUUUGGAUGUUUCUUUAUUGUUGUGCCUAAAAUCUUUAAUUUGGAAACAAGUUCCAUCAUAGAGUCCAUUAUAAAUACUACCGUGAAGCUUUUGGCUCCGGUCUGUCUGCUUUGGUGCGCACACUGAGCUCUGUAGAAGCUGAAGCAGAGGCCGACCAUAGAACAGGGGAGAACACUGCACAGACUCUGGGGAUGAGCGUCUGGUGCUUUUCCUGACAUUCAAAAGAUGUUGCUACACUCCACCCCCCACACACGUAGUUCUGUGUGUGCAUCUGAGUUUCAUGGAGUUUUCGAUUAUGAUGCUUUCUUGAAAGUUUGGGGUACUUUGUAAGUUCUAAAUUUAGAAAACUGUUGAGAUUUGUUUAACCCACAUAUUUCUUUUUAUCAAUAUAAUAAAAAAUGUAUUGCUAUGGCCAGGCUGAAAAUAUAGAAGAUAACAUUAGGAAACAUUAUUUUUGCAAGUGUAGACGAGGCUUUAAUUUGAAAGGGUUUACUUCCUUUCCUAUAAAAACAGGCUUGGAUCUAUAUCUUGGAUAUUGAGAAGACGUUGAAUGCUAUCCAGCCAACAUGAAGCACUUUUAAACCCAUUGAUUUCAGUGGAGAAUUAAACGCUUGUUUCUCAUUGAAAACACUGGGACUUAUAAAUGCUUAACUUUGACUGGAUUGUGCCCAUCCAGUACUUGAAACAAUAGCUUUAAUUUGGGAAACAAAUUUACUAUUGCAUCUCAAUUAGAAUUUUAAUAUUUGGGGGGGGGAUGUACAUAAGAGUGAUGCUUUCUCUUCAUCUAUGGAGUUUUGAAGCAAAGUGUCUAGUAGGUUAUUUAAACAAUUUGUCUCAGUAAAGGAAUAUAUUGCUGUAUUCCUUGGCAACUCAACCAUACUGUUAGGGUGUUGCAUUGGGUUUCAGCACUUAAGAAUUUUAUUCUUCUAACGCUAUGGAAUGAAAUUGCUCCUUGGAAUUAUCUAAACUUUUAAGAGAUACAUGAUCCCUUAUUCAAAUCAUAAAUUGAAGAGUUUUGUUGUUCGUUUUCCAAAAUUCUCUUUGGAUAUAAUUAAAAGCUAUGGUGUUUGCGUUCCUUUGGAAGUCAGAACUCAUUUGAAAAAACAAACUACCAAUAUUUGGCAGGUGCUGCAGAUAAUUGAUGCUUCUUAAAUGUCUGAAUUUCAUAUAUAUCUAGUUCCAUAGCUGUGUUAAAGUUAUUGUGCAGUUCUUUAAUCACAUUUGGGACAGAAUCGAAAAAUAAAUUCUCUUAUGUGUUUCCCCCCCCCCCCCCCCGGUUACAUGUCAUUCCCUGCCACUAAUAUUGCUAGAGAUUUUGAACUGCUACCAACACCAUAUCUUUAAGAAUUCUCACAGCAAAUUAAUUUUCUGAGCAUUACUGCAGUCUCCAUUGGAGGAAUUUUAUAUAUGAUAGCUAUUCUUGUUCACAGUGAAAAAACCAAAUGGCCUAACUUGUGGUUACACAGAAUGUCUCAUGAUUUCCAUUGAAUGGUUUCCAUGCUUGUGGGUUCUUCAUGCUUUUUAGAUUCAGGUACUAAGGCAGAGAACCAAAGUGAAAAGACUAUGGGCCAUAUAUAGUCUUUAAAUCACCAAAAUUAAAAUGCAGGAAUUUCUUGCUGCAUUUUUCUCUUUUCCUUUGAACUAGGAGCAUUCUCUCAACCCUCUGGCUAUAUGCUCUGCAGGGAGACAGGAGGUAGAAGAAAGCAAAAGUAGGUUUUUUCUUCUUUUAGCAACUAGACCUAAAAACACACUUUUGUAGCCUUUGAACUUUUAAGAGUUUACUACUAAAAGAGCCUCUAGUAAAGUUAAGAUUAACAAUAAUUUAGAACAAAACUAGACUUUAUGUGGCAGGUGUGUUUAUGUAUGUAUGUAUGUAUGUAUGUAUGUUUAACCACUUCCCUUUUUAUUAUUUUUUAUGAAAAGCUGCUGUGAAAGGCUGCAAACAUGAGCAAGUGGCAAAUCCCCCCUUUUUUGCUUGAAACCCCCCCUCCCCUUUUACAUCCAUAGGUAGAAAAAAUAUCUUUUGAAAAAGAACUCUGAAGAUCUUGAAUGGGAAAAUGGCUAGAGGAGAAAGGGUUCAGCGAUCCCCCAUCUCACCCAGCCUUUCUCUGCUUAAGAUCAUAGUUUCCUACGGCUGCUUUUUUCACUUUUUUUUUUAAAAAAAUCUGGCAAUUGUUACAUAGACUUGCUGUAUACUAGUUGCUGUAUACUAGACCAGCAGCAGGGAAUGUGUGGCGCUGCGGAUGUUGUUGGGCUGCAUUUUCUAUCAGCCCUAGAAUGAUGGGAUCUGGACAACCACACAUUGCGCAUGCCUGCCUCAGACCACUUCUUGCAUCGUUGACAUUUCCCAGUUAAAAAAAGAGUUAGAAAGAUUGGUUUCGGCCUUAAAGGCCAUUAAGGCUUCUUUCACACCCACCUAUUGCCAUGGGGGACCUACUUCUCUUUGGUGCACUUCUAUGCUGCUCAUGGUAUGAGGUGAAUAAUGCAAUCAUGUGGACGGGGUGAUCACGUGGUUCUUCAUUGCCCAGUUGUCUUGCCAUUGGAAUCAGGUCAUGCAAUGGUGUACAACCUAACUAUAAGAAUGUAGCUGCUGUCUGUGGUUGUGUGAAGGGAGUCGUCUUAAAUAACUAUGGGUAAACAAACUUUUAAGAAUGCCAAGGUCUGUGUCAUUUUUAACAUUUUGGAAUAGUUGAGGGUUUAAAUCUAAACGUUGUGGCCUCAGAUUUUGCAUGUAUCUGCAACAAGGAGAAGCAAAGUGUGUGUGUGUAAGAGAGAGAGAAAGAGAAUGCAUAUGAAAGAAAUUGUGUAAACACUGCUUCUGUCCAACCUUAUUUCAUUUCACCAAGACUUGUGAGGGAACCCCAUGCAAAUUCCAUCAAAAAGACUUAAGCGGCAGUGAUUGUACAUUUUAUAUCAGGAGACAAUUUUCAGUGGUUUUACUGCUGCUGCUAUUGCAGUUUACAGAUAAUGCAUAUAUUUACCUCAAGGGGAAGCUGCUUUUUAGCAGUCAAAUGUUUUGCUCAAGUUAAAGCUAAAAGCAGUGUGCAAUUAAAAGUCAAAAUGAAGCCUGUAAAUGUUCCUAUGGGCUCUGACUUUAUAAUAAAGAUAAGAAAAAUGUAUGCAGUUUAAACACAAAGGUGUUUCAUCGUAUAACUUGAGAACUUCUGCAGCAAAUUCAACAGAAUAGAAAUUCUUAGAAAAUAACUGUUUGCUGCAAAAAUGCACAAGCUUGGUUUUUCUUUCUGCUUUAGACUUCCCCUUCACCCAUUUGACUAUUUUUAUUAUUAUUUUUAUGUAAAUGUAAUGUGUGUGUUCUUCUGGGCUUGUAAGAAAAUUGUUUGCAUCUGUUGUCUUCUAAACUGGCAAAAAAAAAGGAGGGAACUUUUUAAAAGGCUGUACACAUAUUUAGACCAAGCUGCAAAAGUAACUGGAUGACCAGUUGUUUGUUAUAGUAAUUGGUUAUUUAAUGUAAAUUCAUUGAUCUUGGUUGUUAUUCUGAACUGCCUGAAAAUGUGUCUGUCAUAACUGAGUUAUAUUGUAUGAAUUAUUUAUUUGUAAUUGGACAUUUACACUUCAAAAAUUAAAAUUAAAAUUGAGUUUCACAA